GCUCUUACGAGCUCAAACUUCAAAGCAACAGAACACCGCUUUCAUUCUAACUACUCUAGCUUCCUCUCCCGCCAUUAAGAGAAUCUAGGACUAGGUCCACGUCCGUGUACUUUCGAAAAGACUCGAGUUCGCGGAAGUCUUCAUCCUCAUCUUUCAGAUACUUGCAUUGCUUCACUUGCAUUGCAUUCUUUCCUUUCAAACCACUGUCAAACUCAAAUUGCCCUUCCUGGCACUUGCAGAAUCCGUCCCACCACCUUACUGGUGCUAGCGCCCUCUCCCCACUCAAGUAGUACUAGUAUUAGCUGCACUAGUGCAGCUAGUCUCGUGCAGCUAGUCUCGGUGGUCUUCUCCCACAAUGGCGCCAACAAUCAGAGCUGCUCAGCUUGCAGCGAUACUGCUAGUGUUCCUGGCGUGCUCCGCCCCUGUGCUGGCCCUGAACAACGUGGUGACGCAAUGGAACGUCAGGUACCAGGGCGUGGUCAGAUCACUCUCCAUUGCCAACCAGCAGAGCUCGAAGUACUUUGCGGAGCUGCAUUUGGCGCAGUACUAUGCUGUCCUGCUGGCGGCGCCAUCUGGCAGUAAUGCUUCAACAUCAGAAAAUGUCGCUGUGAAUGCCAGCGCGGCUGCUGCCUACGCUGGACACUACAUUCUGUCCGCAACCUUCCCAUUCCAGCAACCAAACUUCGAUGCCCUCCUGAAGUCCCAGGUAGGGGGAUUGAGCUCUGCUGACAGGACUGCCGCUCACGACCUUGGGGUCAAGGUGGCAACCAAGAUCAUAGCAGCAAGAGUGAAUGACGGGAGUGCGGAUUGGUAUGACUUCACCCCUUCUCCUGCAAACGGAACGAUUGGCAAGUACCAGUUCACACCCAACCAGACCAACGCCCUCUAUCCUCAGUUGCAAAACACGCGACCGUUCUUGGUCGACCCUUCCCGCUUCAACACCACGAACGGCGGCCCGCUCACGGUUCCAUCAGACACCUACAACACCCAGCUCGCAGAGGUGCGCACACUGGGUUCCAGCACGAGCUCCAACCGGAGCGCCACUCAAACAGAAACCGCCUACUUCUGGGCCGACCUCGCGGGCACGGGCGCGAUCACCAGCCACUGGUACAACAUCACGGCGGCGGUGCUGCCCAACUCGACGGACGUGCUGACGACAGCCAAAGUGUACGCGGCGAUUGGAGUUGCUAUCUAUGACGCCAGCAUUGCGGGGUGGAAGCAGAAGUACGGCGUCCUCUUCUGGCGGCCCAUCACAGCCAUCAGGCAAGGCGACGGUGUGAAUACCCCGGACGCAACCUGGUCGCCCCUGCUAAGCACGCCAAACCACCCCGAGUACCCGAGCGGCCAUUCUGUCACGAGCGGCGCCGCAGCGGGUAUCCUUAUCAACCACUUCGGGAGCGACAAUACGACUUUCACCAUCGGGUCGGAAUACACGUCAGCAAACGUCACAUCCCUUUCUCCGAGAAGCUACACCAAGUUUACGGACACAGCGACGGAGAUCGGUCUGAGCAGGAUCUACGGCGGACUUCACUUCCGGAAGGCCAUUGAGGACGGGCAAGCUCUCGGACUGGCGGUUGCGAGCGCGGUUUGGGCAUCCUUCCCGUCCUCCUACUCUGUGGACGGGGUCAGCAUCGUGACGGGAGUGCCUUUGAAGAAUUGAUGACGUAUUGGCAGGCAAACCCGAAAUGUAAUUAGCGCCACUCUCAUCCAGGGGCUUUCGACAUGCGAUUUCUCGGGUUGAUUUUUGACGUAACUCUUAGGGGUUCGGCGAUUCAGACUUUUUUGAUAAUACGGAAUUGAAGGUGGAUCGUGAGCGCGUCCUGUAAGGAACACCGCAUCCGAAGGACUAAGUUGGUCGAUUUGUGAGCCGGAAUGGAAUCUCUAGCCUCAAUUUGAGGGCUUAAGUCCGCGCAAUAUUACAGGCUUAAGACACUCGGUCCGAGCACUCUGGCUAACGGGAAGAGAGCCUAGAUUAUUGAGCAACGACUCCAGGACUACUCUUGGGAUUGGGAUUUUGGAGACAUUAUGCUCUGGCAGUUGCUUUAUGCCAUGCAAGGUUAAUCCACCUCGUCCUUGGAAAUGAUCGUUAAUACUUCCAACAAGAUCCCUGAUCGCUGUGAUAGCUAGUACUUAAUAGUGUCUCGUACAUGGGUAAAGUCUGCCCUAUUUGUAAGCACUCUAUGUAAUGUCCCU